ACAGCUUUUGGAAUUGACAAGGACUACGAACGAAAGCACAGAGAUGAAAUCCCAGCAUGCAUUCAAUGUGUACCUAUUAUUGACCACGUGCCUGUUACUUGACGUUGCUCACAGUGCCCCAUCACAUUGCAAAUGCUCAGAAUACGUGCAGGAUAUUCACAUAGCGACGUCGGAACGCAGACUGAUACUAAGAAAGAAACCAUGCCUUCUCGGGAGGUCGUCCUGUCAUCAAUUGCGCAUGUGUGUACCUUGGUCAACCGACCAAACAGCGAUGGAGAAUUUGGAAUGCUGCUGUCAAACACGGCCUGGACAUUUUUUUACACGUAGCGUUGACAUGUUCGACGGAGAUGACACCAUCUACUUCAAUAAAGUUCAGAAAUGCCAACCAGUUGACUGUCGAAAAUUGUUAUAGGAAUAUUUUAUUUUUCUUAGAAAUUAAAUAACGAAUGACCACAAACGCUUGCCAAUAAAAAGACAUAAAUGUACAGUUGUGUAUUGAAUGUGCCAAAUCAUUACUGAUCAUCGAUGCAAAUUGAUUUGUAAUUGUCAUAUUACCUCCCUUGAAAUUGAAAUUAUUCCGUGUUACUGUUUAUUGUUAAUGUUCUGUUUUAUCACAAACGAGUAUUUGUACAGACUGAAUACAAUACUACUUAUUUCAUAAUGCCUUUAUGAUAUAUAAUCUAACCGGCUUGGAACAAAACAAUGCUUAACACUUACUGGAUACUUUCUAUGUGGAUAUUUGGACUUCGAUUUCGUAAAACGUUUAACAGAGAUACUGUUGGCAGUACUUGAGAUUUUUUCACAGCACUUGCAAUGUCUCUCAACUAGAGCUAAAAUAAGUAUCUUAAUUUACGGAAUAAAGUAAAAUUUUCAAUAACUAAUUCUUCUUUGUGUUUAUAAUACUUUAAGAUGGGUUGGUGUCCUACAACUACUCUGAUAACUGUCAAAUUAUCAUUAUUAUUUAAAAUCUAUUGUAUGCACAUUUUAAAUUUGCAAAAACAUGUUUAGUUUCCAUCAAUCUAAUGUUAAAACCAGAAAGCAUUAUGUGACUAUUUGUGUGUGUGUGUGUGUGUGUGUGUGUGUGUGUUUUGACAUUGUUCAUCAUAUUUAUUUAUACAUAGAAUAUAUUUUUAUAGCAUGUAUUACAAUUUACAUUUCUCUGCUAAAUAUUGACGUACUGGGGUUGUUGUGAUUUCAGGCAUUUUUUAUGUUGAUCAUAACUAUUUUAGAUUCGAAAAAUAAAUUCAAAGAAUAGUCGUUUAAAUGUUAUACUUUUAUCUUCGUUUUGUAAAUGGUUCAAGUCUUUCCGGAGUAAAGUUGGUAUCUUUUCUUAUAUUAAAGCAUAUUGGUAUUAUAUUCCCUUGUACAAAAGGAAAGGUGACAUUAACUAACGUCUCAAGUAAGGAGCUUUGACUCUUUGUUUGUUUUUCA